AUGGCUCCAGCACGAGUGGAAGAGCCUCCCAACUCAUGGCCAGCCUGGUCAUCGGAGAAAAAGAACGACAUGACAGACCAAGAGCCAGUGUACAAAGGACGACCUCGUAAUCUGGAAGCGAUUGAUCAGAUCAAAUUUGACCCUUCGCUCCAACCGAAGCAAUAUGAAAUGUUUGGGACGCAUCCCGAUAGCAAGAUACUGUUCACAGACGUUAACAUCCUCGAUUCGUCCGGAGCAGAGCCAUAUCGAGGAGAUGUCCUGAUCGAAGGCGAGAAGAUCACCCACGUUGGCCAAGUCCCUGACAUCGACAACCUCAAAUCAUCUCCCAAGGUCCGCCACUUUCAUGGCCGGGGACGAACACUUAUGUCGGGCCUUGGAGACGCUCAUACACAUUUCACGUGGAACGGCGGAGAUCUUGAUCGACUCGGUGAUCUCGGCGUAGAAGAACAUACACUCUUGACCAUGCGUAGUGCACAAUGCUUCCUCGACUCAGGCUAUACAAUGUGCUUCGGGGCGGCUUCAGCCAAAGAUCGACUAGAUGUUGUGAUUCGCGAUGCGAUCAAUGCGGGAGACAUCUCGGGUCCGAGGUAUCUGGCCAAUGCAAAGGAGAUUGCCAGGCGAGGAGGGGAGUUGGUGGGAGGUAUUACCGCAUUCGCUGACGGCCCGGAGGAGAUGAAGGAGACGGUGAAGAGGCAUGCAGAAGAAAUUGGGGCCGAUAAUAUCAAGUUGAGUAUGUCUGGGGAGGAGAUCACAGAAAUCCGCUCGGCUCAAGACUGCUACUUCACCGAUGAAGAAACCGCCGCAUGCGUAGAAGAGGGCCACCGUCUCGGCAAAAGACUUUGUGCUCACGCACGAGCUCGCGACUCGUUGAAGAUGUGCGUCAAGCACGGCGUAGACGUGAUCUAUCAUGCCUCAUACAUUGACGACGAAGGCAUGGAAAUGCUCGAAAAAUCCAAAACAAAGCAUAUUGUCGCACCAGGGAUCAAUUGGCUCUGGGCAACGCUAUACGAAGCCGAAGCGUUCGGAUAUCCACAUACCAAAGCCGAACAAGUCGGCUACCGAAAAGAGCUCGAUGUCGCCGUAGCUGGUCUGCGUGAGAUGCAUCGUCGGGGAAUUGUCGUCUUGCCAGGCGGUGACUAUGGUUUCGCAUGGACUCCCCACGGCACCUACGCCCGCGAUCUCGCCCACUUCGUUGACCUCCUGAAGUUCACUCCCCACGAAGCCAUCCUCGCUGCCACACGAGGCGUAGCCGCACUCUUCAUGCGCGGCCACGAACUGGGCCAGAUCAAGCCGGGCUACUAUGCCGAUUGCAUCCUCGUCGAUGGAAAUCCCCUAGAAGAUAUCACGAUCCUCCAAGAUCACGAUAAAUUGAACGUCAUCUGCAUCAAUGGCCGGGUGCAUAAAGCCGGAAGAAAAGAAUUUAUCCCGCCGCCUGUGUCGGGACAGGAUGGCAAUGCGCAUGUGAUUGUGCCGGAUAUGGAAGUGCCUGAGGUGAAGAGGGAUAUGUAA